CCUCCUCCUACUCUUGCUGCUGCUGUCCACUACGUCAUACGGCGCGACCUGAUAGUGGAGAGAGAGAGCGCGGAGUGAAUGUGAAUGCCAAGCUGCUGGUCUCCCUAGUGCUGUGCCCGCAGUGUGCAGUGUCUGACACGGUGCUGGCUGAGUGUAGUGUGCCUGGCUCAUGUCACUGUGUGUUUAUGGUCAGGUCACAUGUCCCAUGACUCCCCAGAGACACUGACAGUCAGUCUGCAUUGUCACAGGGUGGACGGUCCUGGGGCCCCAGCUGUGGUGGUGGUUGUGGUGGUGAUGUGCCAAUGACACUGAUCCCCUGUGAAUGUGAGGAAGAGAAGCCCUCUCCUGCUAAUCUGCCCCCACCCAGCCUCAUAACAACAGCAGCAGCCGCCUCAUCCUCUUUGCACUGCGGGCAGUGAGCUGAGAUUACCGGUAGGAUGAGCUGGCUCUUCUCCUCUAAAGGCAACAGACCCCUGGCCCCCCUAACCAGCCUGCAACAACAAAAACAGAGGCAGAUCGAGUCCCUUAAGGCUUGUCACAGCAGGUGAGCUGGCCAGCAAAUCUCACAUAUACCCCCUUUCAGUCAAUCAGUGUUUAAUUUCCUUAACUUUGUAUAUUUGUAUAAUAAAUUAAACACAUUGCCUCAAAAGUAUCAUUCUAGAAUGCAGCAGUGAUUACAAGAAACACCCCAGAUAUUUGUCACCAUACCAUGUAUACAUUGUGUUGGCUUAGCUUUAUGGGAAACAUAUGUUGUAAGCAUAUAUACGCUAAUGUUUGGUUACCUAUCUUUAUUUAUAUCCUGAUAUCAUGCUAAUAUUUAAAAUAAUAUAAAUGUAUUUGUUUACAUUUUAUCAAAAAGGAAAUUAUCUUCUUGCCCUUUACGUCUCGCAAGCUUAAGUUAUGUGUUGUUAUCUUUAGAAAUGUGAUGGCAGACUUCUGUGACUCCUGGUGGAGGGUUUACAUGAGAUAAAUCCAUUAGACUAGCUGAACCUCUCGCAAAAUAUAGUCCACAACAUUUGGCUUGCUAAAGGCAGGCCCCUCAAAAUUUGAAGGAAAAACAAAUCCGGUAAAUUCAUAGUGUAAGCACCAAAGAAGUAUAGAACAUUUUCCUGCAUGCGGGUGCUUUUUUUUGAUGAAUGAGUUACUUUCUUGAAAACAUGUUUUUCAUUUCUGGUAUUUUAGCAGUGUAGAAUGUUUGUUUUUAAUGAAAUACUUCUUGUUGCCUUCUAAUAAUGUAACCUAUCAACUGUGCAAUAUAAUUAAAUAACUUUUGGGGUUAUUAUCUUUAAGAAAGUUAGUUCUUGUUUAGAUGAACACAGCUACUUACAAUUGUGCAUGUUAAAGACAUGGAAACUGUGAGAGGGUCCUCGAAGGUUAUGUACAACUUAUGUGGCCUGGAGGAAUCACUUCCCUCAGAGAUUUCACAUUAUGGAGAUCUGAGUGUAUGUGGAAGGUGUACGGCUGCACCUCAGGUGCUAAAGUUAUAAUGAGCAGGAUGAAAGUAGAGAAGGUUAAGUGAGCUGUUUAUCACAAAUGGUAUGCAAGACUCAUAGUUGGUGAAAAUGCUCGCAUUGUCCCUUGAAGGAAGACUGAAACUGUGCAUGCCUUGCACAACAAGUAUUACAAAGUGUGAACGUGACUGUGUGUCACUUUUGUAGUCCUCACCAGUUCUCUUAAAUUAUAACGUGGUUUGUUCCUCAAGUUAGGUAUUCCUUUCCACGUGAACAUAAAUUGUAUUGAUACAAUUCAGUUAAAUGAACAGUAGUGCCUUCUAGUUUUUGUAUUUGCUGCUUUGUGAGUCAGUGAGCACUGACUGAGGGCACCUGUUGCUCUGUCUUUAAUUGCUGCCCAAUGCUGAAUGUUUUAAUGUGGAUCUUGUUUAGCAGAGUUGCGUGGCUGUAGGUGUUGGGAGAACCCCAGUUUUUGUCAAACUGCUUAAAACCUAGAGGGGAACACUGCUCUAUAAUGAGCUGUAGAGGUGCUUUGUGUGCCUUUAAAUAAAUGUCUGGGUUUGGUAUUUGUAAUAUUGUGCAGGCAUCAGUAACAAAGAAGCUACUGUUCACGUGGGCUCUCUGCUUGAAUUAGCUGCUUAACUGUGUCCUGGAAUAACUAUAGAAAGCUUUUUGAUGGUUUUUCAAUCUUGUUUCUAAAAUAGAUCCCAAAAAUAAAAGUUGUCAAGUAUCUUACGGUUCUGGGAAUAAUUACUAGAUAGGGAUUGGGUGUUUUCAACUAUUUAAAUGGACACUUCAGGCACCCAGAACACUUCUGCCCAUUGUAAUGGUCUGGGUGCCAACUCCCACCACCCUUAACCCUGCAAGUGUAAUUAUUGCAGAUUUUUUUCUAAACUGCAAUAAUUACCUUGCAGGGUUAAGUUAUCCUCUAGUGGCUGUCUAUCAGACAGCUACAAGAUAGACUUCCAUGUUCUUAGAACACAAAAAGUGUUUUAAACGACGCUGGACGUCCUCAGGCUAUGCAUGAGGGCCUCCUGCGUCGCUGGAAUCCCCAUAGGAAAGCAUUUAAAUAAUGAUUUUGUAUGGGGAGGUCUAAUGUCCACGCGGCCAUUACUGUGUAUGCGCAUUAGGUCUCCCUCGACAGCUGAUGGCGGCGGGGGAAGAGCGUGGGUGGAGUUUGACCCAGCGCCGAGGGACAACGGUGCUGGAUUCAGGUAAGUCACUGAAGGAUGGGAGGGGAGAGGGGCAUUGUAGGGUCCUGCAGUGCCAAGAAAAUGGAUAUGUUUUCCUGGCACUGGAGAGUCCCUUUAAAGGGACACUAUAGUCACCUGAACAACAGCUUAAUGAAGCAGUUUUGGUGUAUAGAACAUGCCCCUGCAGCCUCACUGCUCAAUCCUCUGCCAUUUAGGAGUUAAAUCCCUUUGUUUAUGAACCCUAGUCACACCUCCCUGCAUGUGACUUGCACAGCCUUCGUGAAACACGUCCUGUACAGAGAGCCCUAUUUAGGCUUUCUUUAUUGAAAGUUCUGUUUAAUUAAGAUUUUCUUAUCCCAUGCUAUAUUAAUAGCUUGCUAGACCCUGCAAGAGCCCUCUGUAUGUGAUUUAAAGUUCAAUUUAGAGAUUGAGAUACAAUUAUUUAAGGUAAAUUACAUGUUUGAAAGUGAAACCAGUUUUAUUUUUUUUUUGUUUCAUGCAGGCUCUGUCAAUCAUAGCCAGGGGAGGUGUGGCUAGGGCUGCAUAAACAGAAACAAAGUGAGUUAACUCCUAAAUGACAGUGAAUUGAGCAGUGAAAUUGCAGGGGAAUGAUCUAUACACUAAAACUGCUUUAUUUAGCUAAAGUAAUUUAGGUGACUAUAGUGUUCCUUUAAGGUAAAAGCUAUUAAUUUAUUUAUUUUUUUGAGUGCAUUCUUGGGUCCUCUACCAGAGGCCUGGGAGUCUGAGGAUUCUGUGCAGAACUGCACUCUUCUGGACAGCAAUAUCAGAUGUCCCAGCUGGAAUCUGUUGAGGCAACUCCCCCAACUUGGGAGUCACAGCCAGAGUGCUCCUAUCACAACUGGGACUACUACUGAAUUUACUUUCCACAUUCUUUCUAGCUCUUCUUUCAGUCCUUUGUAUUUGUCCAGCUUCUCGUGUUACUUCUUCCUGAUCACUGGGUAUUGCCACAUUAACCACUACUGCAGUUUUCUCUUCCUUGCCUACCACCACAAUGUCAAGAUGGUUAGGUUGUCCAUGGUUGCUUGUCCAUUUGGAUCUGGAAGUCCAACGGGAUUUUGGCCUUGUCAACUACCCAUUGUGGUAUCUCCCAUCUGGACUUAGGCAUGUCCAGCCCAUAUUCUGUGCGAAUGUUUCGGGAUACAAUCCCAGCAACUUGGUUGUACCUCUCAGUGUAUGCUGUUCCUGCUAACAUCUUGUAAUCGGCAACUAUGUGCUAGAUUGUCUCAGAGGCCCAUUUGCACAGUCUGUACCCUGGGUCUUGCCUGGUGUGGUAGAGUCUUGCUUUUAUUGAUCUGGUGCUGGGUGCCUGUUCCUAAACUGCUAGGAUUAAUGCCUCAGUGCUGUCAUUCAGUUCUGCCUUUUCCAACCUCUAGUCAGGACUUUGUCAUGUGGGCCACUAUCUGGUACACCGCAUGGAGAGGUUUAACUUGCCCACAUCCAUAUAUAAGUAUGGAUACAUACAUAUAUAUAUCAGGGCCUGACAAAUUUGCUUUGAAUCUAGGAGCCAGCUAAAAAACUUAGGAACCAGGUUUUUUUAAACUUACAAAUCUUUAUUUUCAACAACAAAAAUUAAAUUCUCAGAGACACUAUAGUCCUCAGGACCACUGCAGUUUACAGUAGUGGUACUGGUGUCUAUAGCCUGUCCGUGCAAGCUUUACAAUGUAAACACUAACUUUUCAGAGAAAAGGCAGUGUUUACAUUUCUGCGUAGUGAUACCUCUAGUGGCAGUCACUCAGACCACAACUAAAGUGCUUCCUAUCUCAGUGCUGCACAGUAUCCAGCAUCUAGAUUCAGCGCCUACACUCUCCUCUAUGAGGAGAUGCUGAUUGGCGCAGUUUUGCAGCGCAUGCACAGUAGCUUCUCAGUUCCUUCUUAUAGGAAAGAAUCGGAUUGUCAGAGAUCAUCAAUUGUGAUUAUCUCAGCCAUACAGAUGGGACCAGCCGCGGGAGACUGGUAUGGCGGAACCAACCUCGCCACUGGCUACUGGAGGAGCCUGGUUGCUCGCCUGCUCCCUUUAGACUAUGGCCCCAUGUUUAACACUGUUCUUUUUCCCUGCAGAAAGGCUGGUUCAUGCCUUUCUGCAGACUGUUAAAGUCACAAACAACGCUGAGCCGCCGACCUCCCUUCUCCUACCUGCAGUCAAUUAUCCGAACACUGGUCCAUUCGGUACUUUACUGUUUAAACCAUGCUACCCCAGAUAGCUAUGCCAUGGAGCCCAGCCGUAUACUGAAAGACUGUAUGAAAGACUUUGGCUCCAUGGCGAUUGAACUGUAUGUAUGUGAUCUGAACGCCAUCCGGUAAUAAUGUGCUCUCAGAUCUAAGCUAUCUGGGGAUAGGUAGAAUGUGUAUGUUCUAUGUGAUAACUGUAACAGUAUGUAAUUUUAUGUCUUUUAUCGUCCUUUGUCUGUGUAACGGAUCACCUGGCACCCCGACUGGGUACCUCAGUUAAAGGAUGCUCCUAGCGUUUCCUGAGGACUCCAAGCACUCUGGCAGACACCACAAUCACCGAACCGGAGAAGCAUAUGAGUACUUUUAAGCAUAUGAAUGUUGUAUACAGCCGAAUAGGAAAAUCCAUGCGAAUAGGUUUACUCCUAGCAGUCAAACUGGAACAGCAUACAAUAAAUCCUCCCCCAAUAAUGAGACGACACUUCACUUUGAGGGUUAAGCAGGAACUGUACUGUAAUGGCCACACACUGGCUUUUAUGCAAGUCCCCAUGCAAGGGGACAUCCCACAGGGUGGGACACAGUACAACCAAUCAUUUACAGGAGAAUCGUAAAACACACCCAGCACAAACAUACAUCCCUCCCCUCUGCCUGUGAUAUAAUUACUGAACACAAUAGGUUAAUGUAAUUUAUCACAGGCAGGAAAAAUACACUUUUUAUACAUACACUGUAACUUUAAAAAUAUGCAUCAUAUUCACAUAAAACAUACAUAUUCAAAAUCAGCAUACUUUAAAUAUAAACAUAACCAAAAUUCAGCCAAUUCCAUCCAGGGGUUAAAAAGUUAAGGGAAAGUCCUAUUUGACCAAAUGAAGCAUGGCUUUUCUGCCCAAAACCAGUUCCACAGAGUCUUCUAUCCUGGAGAUAAUUGGGAAGUAAUCCAGUUAUCUCCAAGGACAGAGGCAAAACUCCAUUAGCCACAUGGCAGACAAAGGACAAUAAAAGACAUAAAAAUACAUACUGCAACAUAUCCCCAGAUAGCUUGGGUCUGAGCGCACAUUAUUACUGAAUGGCGAUCAGACCACACACAUACAGUUCAAUUGCCAUGGAGCCAAAGUCUUUUAUUACACGAAUAGGCUCCAUGGCAUAGCUAUCUGGGUUAAAUGAGUUCAUUUAGUAAAUCAGAGAAUCUAACGAACACCAGGGCAGAAAUACAUGAAUAGACCUUUCUGCAUAGGAAAAUAAAGUCUUUAAAUGCCAGUCCAUAGUCAAAAGGCAGGAGGCAGGCAACCAGGCUCCUCCAGUGCACAGUGGCGAGGUUGGUUCCGCCACAGUCUGCCAUGUGGUUAAUGGAGUUUUGCCCCUGUCCUUGGAGAUAAUUGGAUUACUUCCCAAUUAUCUCCAGGACAGAGAGGAGGGAUUGUGAUGCAUUGUGGGAUUGUAAGCUUGUGAUUGGUCAAUGUCCAAUAUGUCUUCCAUCUGGCCCCUAGGGGAGUGUCCACCAGGUGGGAGACCUGCAUAAAAGCCAGGCAGGUAGCCCCAGUAAAUCUAGUUCUGCUUGACCCUCAAACGAAGUGUCGUCUCGUUAUUGGGGGAAUUGGAUUGUAGGCUGUUACAGUGUGACUGCCAGGAGUGUAAGCUGUUCGUAUGGUUUUUCCUGUUCGGCCGUUUAACAGCAUUUGUGUGUUCGAAAAUUGGUGAAUUCGUGUGUUUCCUGUUCGGGAGUUUGAGUAUUCAUGUGUUUGCAUGCUACAGCCUCUUUUCGCCUCCCUUACACUCUAGCUCUUGUUCCCAUGUACACACACAUUGCAGCCCUUAUUCCCCCAUACACACUAAGUCCCUAUUCCCUCCUCUCCACAUACUACCGCUACUGUUUGCUGCCAACACACAACAACCCCUAUUCACAAACACGCACACACUAUGGACACUAUUUGCUCCCCAUACACACUACAACCCCUAUUCCCAAACACACACACAUUAUGGACACUAUUCGCUCCCUCCCUUACAGACUCCAUUUGCCCCAACAGACACUACAGCCUCUGGUCCUGCCACACACACACUAAGUCUCUAGUCUUACCCGCACACAAACUACAGACAUGAACACACACACACACACACACACUCACCCAUUUUCAUUGGUGAUAUUAGCCAUGGAAAAGUCAUCUUUUUACUGUGAGGAACCGAUCAACUAAACAGCCAUUUCAGGACUAUAGUGUCAGGAAUACAACUGGCACCAGAACCAAUUGAAGUGUUUCUUUUAAUACAUGCUGAUGCACGAGUGAAGGAACUGCCUCAAACUCGCACAACUUAACUAAUCAAUGAGUUGUGGGUUAGUGGUAACCUGUGCGGAUUCUUCUUGAGUAGGCUAUUUUAGCAUAAAAUUGUUGUCUGUUUUUUUCACAUUUCAUUGAGUAAAACAUUGUUUUGUAGGUAUUUGCGCGUGUAUGUAUAUGUGUGUGUGUGUGUAUAUAUAUAUAUAUAUAUAUAUAUAUAUAUAUAUAUAUAUAUAUAUAUAUAUAUAUAUAUAAUUUUUUUUUUUUUUCUUCACUUUUUGUACUUCUCUGGCUUCCUUCUGAUAUGGUCUGGUGCAGCCUGUGGAUAUUAGGGUACUGUGAUGUAUGGUGGGCUUAACACAAUAUGGCGGUAUGGUGUAACUGAAUCCCCAUUUGUGUGCUAAGAUAGGGGAUUUUAAAUUGUGUUAUAUAAUUUAAAACUGUAUUUUUGAUUUUGUGUGUGCUGUUCCUUUAACUGUAUUUUGUAUAUAAAUUGGUCAUUACGGCAGUACCACUACUUAGAAAUGCAUGUUCUGGGAGUGCCCACAAUUCACUUUUUUUUUUUUUCUGGUGCAGCUUGUGUAAUAUUCAAAAGAUCACGUGUGUCAUCAAUUAGUACAUAAAUGCCUGAGAGCGUCGUAUUCAUUACUGAUGAAUCACCUAAAGCAGAAUUACGAUUUUGCUAUAGAACAAAUUAUAUUACUUGGCAAAACUGUGUGUUUUUAUUUCUUUACAGGACCGAGUGAUGAAAUAUUCAGAAAAGCAUGCAUUGCUUCCAAUGUGAUUGCUCCACUUUGAGAACAGCCACCACAAUUGUCCUCUGAUAAUAAGCCCCAACUGCUAACUAUGUUAUUAUGGCAAAUUAGUAGCUAGUAAACCAGUGCAGUCUUUGCCUUCUUCAGUCUUUGUAAGCUAACUUGACCAGUUAGGCUUUCUGGUUUUAGGUCAUUAAACUCAGUGUGCCAAUACCAUACAGACCUUUCAAUUUCUUUCCUUUCUAGCUUGCCUCUAUAUGCAGCAUAAUGAAGGCUACAAGUCCUAUUUCGACAAGGUUUGUCAGUAGGUGCCGUGCCUUACACUAUCAGGGUUAUUUCCUAUAGUGAGAACUUAAAGUUGCAUUGGCAGCGUCUGGGGACUUUGCCAAAUUUGCAAAGACCCUCAACGGUGACAUUGCCGAUUGGGGUCCAGUGACUGGGGAGGGGCUGCUAAGGGUGAGAUUUGCUUACCUGACUGUCCCUCGCGGGUGCGGCCAUCUUGUUCGGUCUGCUCAGACAUCACUGCUGUACUCUUGCGGGAUCCUUUAUAGACACAGCCAAUUUGCUGCGGCCGUCACUAGGAAGAGUUAUCGGGAUUACUGAGUCUAAGAAAGUCCCCUACUUUGCCUUUGUAUAUCUUGACUGAAUUGAGUAUUUCAUAAAUAUUCUAUAUUUAUGAAGUAAUCAUUUUUCUUGGAGGGGGGCAUGACAGGGCUGCUUUAGGUGGAUUUAAAAUGCAAGGUACAAGUAGCCAAAAUGGAACAUCAUCUCUAAUGUCAACUAUACUUCCAGUUUGGCUUCUCUGGCCUUACAUUUGAAAUUCACCUUGAGUUAUCACUUUACUGAAUAACAAUGUUAUAGUUGCCAAAUCCACCAUAUUAACCUGGAUAUACAUAAUUUCUUCUUGGCAAAGGGGUGUCAUAUGAAAAAUGCAGCUGUGUUGAUUGUGGCAUUUUAUAUGUGAAGGAGUAAAUGAAAUUGCUUAUUGGAUUUCAUGCCUAAACCUCCUCAUUACAUGAAUCUUGUAUCCAGGAUUUCAAACAUGCUCCCCAUACCCCCAAAUACCCAUUAUACACUAUUGUAUAUUACAUUAGUUUACAGUAAGUUAAUUUAGUUUGCAAAUUGCACCCUAAUGUCGUGGAGGUUGCUCUGAGAGCUGAAUAAGGAUAGACUAGCUCCCUAUAUUCACCACGGUUAUAUAUUUUACUCACAGAAGCAGCUCUAUAAGUAUGAGUGUGUUAGCAUGUGUCCAUGCACCAGACACUGAGAGAUGGUCUAUCUGUGUUUAAUGAGACCAACUCUCUCAUGUUUAGGCCAGACUUUCUUAUAUGUGCAUACUGAAAUGAAAAAUACAUUCACACAUUAUGUUUCAGAACACAAAAUGAAAAAAUGGUUUCUGGUUGGCACAUUCUGGCAAAUAGCUUGAUUGUGAUUUAAUGGAUUUCUGUUCUUCAGUUUAUGCCUUCUACGUUCUGCAGUGCACUGCUUUUUCUUAGUGUGUACAAGUAACUUCAAUCCUAAAUUCAGUACUGGAGCCCAUUGGAAUUAGUUGUUCUAUACAGUUUCAAACAUUAUCAUAGCUUUGCUCUACUGUUUUACUCUGAAUUUGUGAUAUUUGUAAACGUCCAAGCCCGUCCAAGCCCAUUACAAUUGACAAAACUGAUCCUGUUUUUCAAGUCUAACUAAUUGUUUCAUGUUUUCCCCAGACAUUACUCACUCCUAAGUAGUUUUUUUGUCACUUUUGUGUCUAUUCUGUAAAUACUACAAUAUUUUAUUUAUAUUAAAUUUUUUGCAACUUUAGAGUACAGUGGGACUUCGGCUUACAAAUGCCUCGGUUAACAUAAUUUUUGGCUUACAAAGCAUGUGGCUCAAGUGUGGAGGUGUUGGUGCGGCUUUUGCAUCGAGUUUUGGAGCCAUUCUGGAAAUUGUUUGCAGGGGUUUUGGGACAUUUUGGUGCAUUUCUCAAGCUGUGGAAAGGUAGUGAGCUGAGCUUUGUUGUUUGCAUGCCUUUUACUGUGUGUUCUGCAUUGUGGGUUGGUUUCCAUGCCAGAUUAUUUUGACUUUUUUCUGACCUCCAGAACGGAUUCAUUGGUUUUCAGUGCAUUUUUAUGGGAAACCGCGUUUCGGUUUACAAAUUUCUCACAAUAUGAGACGUCCCGGAGAACGCAUUAAAUUCGUAAACCGAGGUCCCACUGUAUUUCAUUACUUUGGUAUUUAUUUUCAUUUUGCUAUAUUGACUCAAGCCAUGGGUACUGUCGAUCUCCAAUGGUUUUGGAAGCAGACCUGUCACCUAAACAAUUUACGUUUAAUAAAGAUAAAAUCUUUAUAACGUGCAUAUAAAUAUUUUGUUGGUGUUUCAUUAAAGGGAUCUCCUAUACUUAUGUAAUACUUACUUUUUCAUCUAUAGAGUGUGUAAAUAGCUGAUUAUGUACUUACUUGAAAUGCUCGUCUUGGUUUGUACAGCAUGCUGCCCCAUAAUCCCUCACAAACAGCCAUGAUACUGUUUUCUGAUGUCUCACUCUAUGCAUUAUGGCUGAAUAAAUACCUCUAGGUUUACCGGUUACAAUGUGCUGUAGUAUUAAUAAUAAUAAUAAUAAUAAUAAUAAUAAUAUUAUUUAUAUAGCACCAACAUGUUCCUCAACACUUUACAAUUAUAGAAUAGGGAUAUUUGAGAACAUGCAAUUGACAUGCAAAAAUUAACCAAGAGGAGGGGACAACAGCCCUGUUCAAACGAGCUUACAAUCCAUCUAUAUUGGUAAUCUUUAAUCUGGUUGGUAAAGGGGCAUUGUAAGCAACAUAACCACUACAGUUAAGUGCAGCCGUUCUGGUGUCAUCCCCUAGUUUAAUGUCAAACUGUUAAAAAAUAGAAAAUAGGGCUCUUCUCCAAAACCCAGAGACUGCCCGCUUCUCUGCUGCAUUAACAAUGUGAAUUUUCACUUCCUCAUUAUGACUGUCAAUUUUGUCCAGUAUGGACAUCAUUGAUUGUCUGGGAGAACUCUGAGCCAGUUACUGUCAUCCAGAUUACACGAGAUUGACAUAAAUCAUGCAGAAGGCCCGAAUAGGAAAUUUAAACAAAAAACAAAUAUAGUUUAGGCUAACAAAUUACAGCCAUGACAACUUUACAAAGAUGCAUAUUUUGAUAUAUGCUACAAUGUAUCAAAAGUAACUUUCAUGCUUGUUUCUCUUUAAAAAUAUGUCUAAAAUUACAAUUAGGAUGUGUUCCUUUACCAAUUUUAGAUUACCAUCCCUCCUUUAUUAAAAAAAAUAAAUAAAAAAUAAACUAUUAAAGGGACAAUAUAGUCACUAGAACUACAGCUUUUUUAUUUGUUCUGUUUUUUUUUUUUGUUUUGUUUUUUUUUAUUAUUCCCUUCAUGCUUUUUGCAGUAAAUACUGUUUUGUUUUUUGGGGGGAGAAGGGGGGAUCAGAGAAAAGACAGUGUUUACAUUACAGCCUAGGGAUGCCUCCACUGACCACUCCUCAGGUGGCUAAUAGAGGUGCUUACUGGGGCAGUGUUGCACGAUGUGACUGCCAGUCAGUGUCUCCACCAUAUGCAAAGAGGCAUUCAACUUUCUUCAUAGAGAUGCUUUGAUUCAAUUAAUCUCGAUGAGGAGAUGGUAAUUAGCCAGGGCUGUGUUUGACCUGUGCUGGCUCUUCCCCUGAUCUGCCUCCUUGACAAUCUUCCCAUGUGAAAGUGUUAUAAUUGGCUGUGAUCAACACUUAUGAUGAUGUCAGCCAAGCAGGCAGAUCAGAGGCUGAGCCAGCAGGUGCACUGGUGCACUUGCUUCAAUACGCCAUUCCAGUGCUUCUGCAUGACUGAGAAGCAUUAGUUGCAUUCAGUGGCAUCCUGUCGUUAUUGAUGAUGCGGAGUGCGAUUUCCUUUAGAAAUCAAAGGAUCUUGAAGGGACACUCUGAGCACUGUAAUUGUUUUAAUUGAAGGUAUUAUACUGUCUGGAGUCCCCUUAAACCAUCCUUCCAUUCAAGAUUAAACCUUUUUUUGUGUUUUUUUAAUGCUGUAUGAGUCUCCACUCCUUGAGCUCCUUGUCCUCUCUGCUGUUUACACUAGUGAGGAAGCAUUAGCUUGAGUAGCAAUAGAUGCUGUUAUUGGGUGAGGGAUGAGUGUGUCAGCUGACUGCUUUCUGCCUUCCAUAGCUCAUCCAUGCUGGCAUGAAUCGUUAUGGCUAGGAGGAAGUGGGUAAUCUCUGUCUUAGCCAUAACUCUCUUGGGUGGCAAGAGACCCUUUUUUUAAUGCCAAACUGUUUCCACACUGAGUGAAAGUAUAGCAUCAUAGAACUCCAGACAUUAUAACCAAUUUAUUGAAGUGAUGUGGUUAUAGUGCCUACUGUGUCCAUUUAAGGAAAAAGGCAACCCUAGUGUUUUUGACAAGAUGUGUAAGCUUUUUUUCAGAAACCGUUAUGUUUUACAGUGUCAGACAAGAGUCCUCAUCUAUGCAACAGUACCAAAAAAUUAAAGAUGUAGUCAUUUUGGUUCUUAGAGCUUCCAUGUCAGUGCAGAGGGCCAGUGAUAAGGUAGUAAAUCAAACAACCCUCCAUGUUCCUGAGGCACGUUUAGAUCAUUCCUAAAUUUAUUCUUUAAUCAUCCCUAUAAGAGAGCUUGCCUUUGGUACAAUUAUCUCUUUCAGUAAAUAAAGCCACUGAUGUGUUUAUGGUGUUUUGUUUUUAACAGCAUUGCUGAAAUUCAGAAAGAUGUGGAGUACAGACUGCCUAUCACUAUAAAGAACCUAACCAUCAACAUAAAUAUGUAAGUUGUGCAGAUUGUGUUUACAUUUAGCUUCUGAUAGUGCUAAGCUAAAUUUUAAGAAAUUAAAGGUCAAUAUAUGCCUUACAGCUGUGCCAAAUGUAGUGGAAAUGUGCUGAUUCUGGAAUAUCAGUCUUGCCUAUUUUUCACUUACAACUUUAUGUGAAAGUGUUCACACAAUUUAAAAAAAAAAAAUGCACUCAUAGUAUCUCGAAACAGUGUUCCCAGUGGUAUACAUGAAAAAGGCAAAUAUUGUUUAAAAACAUAAAGUGAUACUAUAGGCACCAAAACAACUUUAGCUCAAGUUUUUUGGUGUAUAGAACAUAACAUGUCUCUACAGUCUCACUGCUCAACUAUCUAUCAAUUAGGUGUUAAAUCACUUUGUUUACACAGGCCCAGACACACCUCCCUGCAUGUGACUUGUACAGCUUUCAUAAACACUUCCUGUUUACACUUUCUUUAUAGCAAAUUCUGUUUAAUUUGGAAUUUCUUAUCUCCUGCUCUGUUAAUAGCUCGCUUGACCUUGCAGGAAUGUUUGUUGAUGAAUUCAAUAUUCUCCAAGUGUAACCCUUUAAGACCGCAGGGCCUUCUAUGCCGUCCUUACUUAGAUGGCUCUAAACCCCUCCGUCCUCUAAGGACCCCCUGGGCCAUGUGAUCGCGAGGUCCAUGGCAUUGCCAGCAGGGGGAGUGCCUGGAAUGACAGGUACUCCCCCUGCUGUCUGAAAAAUGAAAUGAAAUAAAUAAAUGUUAAAACAGUGUAAAAUUAUAUAUAUAUAUAUAUAUAUAUAUAUAUAUAUAUAUAUAUAUAUAUAUAUAUAUAUAUAUAUAUAUAUAUAUAUAUAUAUAUAUAUAUACUGAGAUCAUAUAUAAUAAAUAUAUAUGAUCUAAGUGUGUGUGUGUGUGUGUUUGUAUAUAUGUAUGUAUGUAUAUUAUAUAUAUAUAUAUAUAUAUAUAUAUAUAUAUAUAUAUAUAUAUAUAUAUAUAUAUAUACACACACAUAUACAUACAUACACUGUCUAAGUGUAUUUUAAUAUUAAUAUGUAUAUAUAUUUAUAAAUAUAUAUAAAUAUAUAUAUAUAUAUAUAUAUAUAUAUAUUAAUAUCAAAAUACAUGUACAAUGAUAUAAAAAUAUAUAUAUAUAAUUUUCAUUAUAUAUAUAUAUUUAUAUAUAAUAAAAUAUAAAUAUGUAAAUAUGUUAAAUAAUAAAAUAAAAAAAAUAAAAAAAAAUAAAAAAAAAUUACAGGUGUAAUUUCGUUCUAACUGUAUUUUAAAAUUAAUAUAUAUAUAUAUAUAUAUAUAUAUAUAUAAAAUUAAAAUUAUUUUUAUUUAUAUAUAGUGAUAUAUACUUAUGUAUAAAGAUAGAUAUAUAUAUAUAUAUAUAUAUAUAUCUUUAUACAUAAGUAUAUAUCACUAUAUAUAAAUAAUUUUAAUUAUAUAUAUAUAUAUAUAUAUAUAUAUAUAUAUAUAUAUAUAUAUAUAUAUAUAAUGUAAUAAUUUUACAUAAUUAGGUCAUUUUAUUAAUUAAAAUUUGCAGGACCUGCCUGACAACCCAGGCUGAAAGUAAAGGGAAUUUUAAUUUGCUAGCACUAUAUUUAACACUAUAACUUUCCAAGAAACCAUAAAACCUGUACAUGGGGGUACUGUUUUACUCAGAAGACGUCACUGAACACAAAUAUUAACGUUUCGAAACAGUAAAAUGUAUUACGACGACGAUAUCGUCAUAUCGUGAAAUUUUUUGCAUUUUUCACACACAAAUGGCACUUACGCUGACAAUAUAAUUGUUGUGAUACGUUUUACUGUUUUGAAAAACACUAAUAUUUGUGUUCAGCGAAGUCUCCUGAGUAUAACAGUACCCCUCAUGUAAAGGUUUUAUGGUUUUUUCAAAAGUUACAGAGUCAAAUAUAAGGCUUGCGUUUCAGUUUUUUCACAUUAAAAUUCGCCAGGUUGGUUAUAUUGCCUUUGAGACCGUACGGUAGCCCAGGAAUGAAAAUUACCCCCAUAAUGGCAUACCAUUUGCAAUAGUAGAUAACCCAGGGUAUUGCAAAUGGGGUAUGUUCAGUCUUUUUUAGUAGCCACUUAGUCACAAACACUGGCCAAAAUUUUCGUUCAAAUUAGUUUUUUGCAUUUUCAAAUAUUAUCACUAACUUUGGCCAGUGUUUGUGACCAAGUGGCUACUAAAAAAGACUGGACAUACCCCAUUUGCAAUACCUUGGGUUGUCUACUUUUGCAAAUGGUAUGCCAUCAUGGGGGUGAUUCUUAUUCCUGGGCUACCAUAUGGUCUCAAAGGCAACGUAACCAAUCUGGCGAAUUUCAAUGUGAAAAAAAAUGAAAAAUGUAAUAUGCUAUAUUUGACCCUGUAACUUCCCAAAACACCAUAAAAUCUGUACAUAAGGGGUACUGUUUUACACGUGAGAUAUCGCUGAAUACAAAUAUGUGUAUUUUAUUGCAGUAAAAGCAAACAGUAUUUUGACAUUCACAGUUAAAAUGUCACGUAGAACUAAUAAAAUUUUUAAAAAUCUUAUUUUCUCUCAUUUUUUUUAUAUUUUAUUCAUAUUAAAUUAUGUUCCAUACCUAAAUAUUUAAUGUUAAAUGAAAGCCCUGUUUCCCCUGAAAAAAAUUAUAUAUAAUAAGUGUGGGUGCAUUAAAUCUGAAAGAGAUGAAUUACGGUUGGACAGACAUAUAGCGCAAAUGCCAGGUUUUGUUUUGAUCACAACGUGUACAUUUGGCUGCGGUCUUAAGGGGUUAAGCUUUGGGAAAUCAUUUCUCCUUGAGCUCUUUGCAGUGCUGGUUCUGGAAUUAGGCACCUGUGACGGGAGGGGGUUGCAAAGCCAAGGAAGUCUCUUUUUAUUGUUUUAUAUGCUGUGAAUACUUACCUGCACAAUGCUCCCAUGGAUCUGAUGUCUGUACUUCAUCAUUUGCUUCUGAAAGAACGGCUAGUAGUUGUGUUUACAUGUUUUAAGCAGUACAUUCUCUGCUCUGCUGGCAGUUGAGCUUACAUGUUUUGUGCAAUGCUUUCUCUGCUCUGUGUUUGUCAUUGGCCAUUUUCCUUACUCUGUAUGUGUUUUAAGGUUUUACACUAAGUUUGAUUUUUCUCAUUGUCACAUAUACUUCUGGGAACAUUGUUCCAAGAUAAUGUGAGUGCAUUUUUUAAAUGUGUGUGAACAUAAAGUUUUAAUUUUGGAAAAUGGGUACAAUACACUUUGUGAGUGUGCGUUUUUAAAGGCAUAACUCAGCUUAAAUAUGUUUUUGUAUAUCCAAAUAGGCAUGUACACGUAGAUGUAACAUAGAAACAUAGAAUGUGACGGCAGAUAUGAACCAUUCGGCCCAUCUAGUCUGCCCAAUUUUCUAAAUACUUUCAUUAGUCCCUAGUCUUAUCUUAUAGUUAGGAUAGCCUUAUGCCUAUCCCACGCAUGCUUAAACUCCUUUACUGUGUUAACCUCUACCACUUCAGCUGGAAGGCUAUUCCAUGCAUCCACUACCCUCUCAGUAAAGUAAUACUUCCUGAUAUUAUUUUUAAACCUUUGUCCCUCUAAUUUAAGACUAUGUCCUCUUGUUGUGGUGGUUUUUCUUCUUUUAAAUAUAUUCUCCUCCUUUACUGUGUUGAUUCCCUUUAUAUAUUUAAAUGUUUCUAUCAUAUCCCCCCUGUCUCGUCUUUCCUCCAAGCUAUACAUGUUAAGAUCCUUUAACCUUUCCUGGUAAGUUUUAUCCCGCAAUCUUUCAGGAACGACAAGAAUUUAAAUGUUUAUUUUAAGUUUAUAUAAAAAGAAAGGUAAAUGCAGAGGAAACAUUGUUUGUAACCAAAGCAUUGACAAAACAAAGUUCAACCUGUUGUAAUAGGGUUUGUUUGCUGCUGUUAAUCAACAACUAAUGUGUUUUUUUUUUUUUUUCCAAUUUACAGUUUGCUUCCGCCACAAUUUCCUCAAGAAAAACCUCUUAUCAGUGUUUAUCCUCCUAUUAGGCAUCACUUAGUGGACAAGCAAGGUGUUAAUGUCACGUGUCCCAUAGUAAAUAAUGUAAGUCAUUUGAAAAGAUAUCUCAAAGCUAGCAACUCGACAUAUGAUUUUAACUACACCGGUGAAUCCUGUUAACGGUGUUAUAAAGUAUACAUGUAAUAGUCUGAAGUAUAAAUUAUUCAAAAUGUGUUGCAUUGCGAUUUGAAACACUGUUGUUUCACUUUUAUUUUGUCAAUCCAGUCCGUUAUUGGCUUUACAAUGACCAUCUUUUGUUUGAAAUGUUGUCACCAAAAUACUUAGCAGAGUGAAGGUUCACUUUGGUUUAUUGGUGUGCUCAACCAUUUACUCUUCAGUUUCAUCUGGAAUACAGUUUGUGCACUCACAUUCCUUGCUGUACUCUGCACCUUAACCGCUUUAAGAUCUGCCUAUUCUUUUCAAAUCCUUUUUAAAGUAAAGUGUACCUUGCACUCACACAUGCAGAAGAGAGUUUUAUUAUCUAAUCAGGUGCCCUUGCCUUACAUUGGCAGUACUCAGUGCCUGAGUUUAAAUUGCUACCUAACUAAAUUUCCUUUACACUGGAGUGGAGAAGAGGUAAGUAUGUGCUGAUUGGGCUUACUGGGUUUUCACAUUGCUAACUGUAAUCAUGUACUCUGAGUAUUAAAGGGACACUAUAGUCACCUGAACAACUUUAGCUUAAUGAAGCAGUUUCGGUAUAUAGAACAAGCCACUGCAGCCUCACUGCUCAAUCCUCUGCCAUUUAGGCGUUAAAUCCCUUUGUUUAUGAACCCUAGUCACACCUCCUUGCAUGUGACUUGCACAGCCUUCCAUAAACACUUCCUGUAAAGAGAGCCCUAUUUAGGCUUUCUUUAUUGCAAGUUCUGUUUAAUUAAGAUUUUCUUAUCCCCUGCUAUGUUAAUAGCUUGCUAGACCCUGCAAGAGUAUGUGAUUAAAGUUCAAUUUAGAGAUUGAGAUACAAUUAUUUAAGGUAAGUUACAUCUGUUUGAAAGUGAAACCAGUUUGUUUUUUCAUGCAGGCUCUGUCAAUCAUAGCCAGGGGAGGUGUGGCUACGGCUGCAUAAACAGAAACAAAGUGAUUUAACUCCUAAAUGACAGUAAAUUGAGCAGUGAAAUUGCAGGGGAAUGAUCUAUACACUAAAACUGCUUUAUUUAGCUAAAGUAAUUUAGGUGACUAUAGUGUUCCUUUAAUGAAGCCAGUAUCUACAAAUAACAAAAGCUCAUGGUUCAUAUGCAGAGACUCCUUUGAUGGCCAUUUCUGAUCUGAUGGGUGGAGUUUCAAAGUAGAGGUUGACUUGCUGUCCAGAUUGACACAGUAUAAGCUUUUGUUUCUAUUCACACUGACCCAUCUCAGGAGCAGUAUUACAGUGUGUGGCGGUUUUCAAUUUUUCUUGUUUCAUUUUUCUUUUCUUUCCUCUCUGGAUGUGUUCCACUGACUUUUACAAAACAGCAUCCACAGUGUAUGAAACUAGGAAAAGUGUUUUUUUUAAUUCCACAACUUUUCAAGGGGUCUGGGGCAUCAGGUUUUAACACCUCUAGCAAUGUCUGUAGCUUAUGCCGUGUAUAUCAUUUGGGUCCCUCCCAAGGGUGUGAGCCAACAUUCUGAUGUACAGAUGUUACAUAUCCAGUGAGUAUCAUGCUAGCUGCAAUACAUUGUGUCCUAAAUAAAGUGUUUUGUGAAGAACCUUUUAGCAACCAAAAUGUCUAUAUAAUUCUGGAUUUAUGUAUUUACUUCAGUUUACCAUGCACUCAGACCUUGGAAAAAUAGUACAGAGUUUGCUAGAUGAGUUCUGGAAGAAUCCUCCUACAGUGGCUCCCAACUCUGGCUCUUUUCCUUAGUAAGUGGUUUUUUGUUGGUUUUGUGUGUGCAUUUUAAUAUCUGCAAACUGUAACUGAAUCAUAUUUGUUCCAAUAAAGCUGACUGGGGCACUCCUUAUGGCUACAAACACUGAUCUUGUAAAAGCCUUAGAUUUAUUAGGUGUUUAUAUCAGUUUGUCAGGUACUUGACAUAGAUUACCUGAUGUGUGCAGGACUCUGAUUAUAAAAUAACUCUUAGCCAGGUUGCCUUUCCAGCUACUUCCCAGAUUUUUCUAUACUACUACCACACCCGAUUUGGCAUAGUUCCCAGAUUUUUUCUAUACUACUACCACACCCGAUUUGGCAUAGUUACUUAUUUCCUUCUUUAUCUAGUUUAUCACAGCUGUUCUAAUGAGUUUUAGGAUUUCUUGACCAUUUUCAACCAUCAUUCAGUUAACUUAUUGUAUGUUUGUAUGACCAAUAAAAGCAUGUACCAUCUUUAGGGAGUGGAGCCAAACAUUUGUUUAAUUACUUUGAUUUAUCAUAUUUUUUUCACCUUCUCACUAAUAAACACGACAUCUGACAAACUUACUUGAAGACAAUGUUUUUGGAUUGGCAUUUGGUUGGUAUUUAUCCUUGCUAUGCUUUGUUAGACUAGUUUUGGCUGCAAUUAUAGGGAUACUCUAAGCACCAUAAUAGGUUUAGCUUACCAAAGCAAUUUUAGUGUAGAGAUCAUGUCCCUUCAAUCUCACUAAUACAUUCUCUACCAUUUAGUAGUUAAAUUGCUGUACUUUUGUUUCUGUUUAGGCAGCCCCAGCCACGCCAACCUUGUCAAUAACUCACACAGCCUUCUUAAGAAAAAUGGUUUAAUUUUCACUCAGGAAAUUACAGCACAGUGUGUUUACUUUAGAAUCUAAUACGUCUUUCUUUGUUAAAGGACCACUAUAGUGCCAGGAAAACAUACUCAUUUUCCUGGCACUAUAGUGCGGGCCCCCCUCCUGCCGGGCUCUAGGGGGUGGAAGGGGUUAAAUUUACCUCUUUCUCCAGCGCCCGGCGGGGAACUCUCCUCCUCCUCCAUUUUGCCGUCAUCGGCUGAAAGCGCAUGCGCGGCUGGAGCUGCGCGCACAUUCAGCCAGUCCAUAGUAAAGCAUUCUCAAAGACGCUGGCGUCUUCUCACUGUGAAAAUCACAGUGAGAAGUGCGGAUGCUCCUCUAGCGGCUGUCAAUGAGACAGCCAAUAGAGGCUGGUUUAACCCUAUUAUAAACAUAGCAGUUUCUCUGAAACUGCUAUGUUUAUAGAAGAAAGGGUUAAUCCUAGCUGGACCUGGUACCCAGACCACUUCAUUAAGCUGAAGUGGUCUGGGUGCCUACAGUGGUCCUUUAAUUGAACUUUAAACGCUGUCAUGAAGUUCCUACAGGCUCUAGCAGGCAACUAACAGUGCCGGAGAUAAGAUUCUAAUUUAAGAAAGUUUAAAACUUCUAUCUUUUUACAGGAAGUGUGUAGGCAAACAAAAUUAUUUAACUCUUAAAUGGCAGAGAAUUGAGCAGCAAGACCGCAGGGACAUGAUCUAUACAUCAAAACCACGUCAUGAAGCUAAAGUUAUUUUAGCUUAUAGUAUUCCAUUAAUGCAUUUUACUUAUGUGCCAAAAAAAGUUGUAAGAAGGUUCAGGACUGCCUGUUAAUGCCUGUUCCAUUUGCAUGUUCUAUCCACUUUAGUAGGACAUGUUGACUUCCCAGUACUAGUCAAUAUAGUUUACAGACUAAAUAUAAAGUAACACAAUGUUGUUCAAUCCUUUAUUAUGAUGAUCAUGCAUUAGUGGAAAGUACAUAUCUCAUAGACUACUUUUUGCUGGCAUCUUCCUAUUGGAAAAAUCCUGUAACAAAGUCUCCCAAUUUUUCAUUCUCCCCCAGUGUUUAGUUUUACAAUAAUUCUUACAUUCAUCCCCCAAUGUUAUAAUCAUUUGGGGAUGACACUCAAAACACAUUUUUACACAUUGUAAUAAAUACUGUAUCUAAAGGUAGCCGGACAUCAACCACUGAUGUAGAAUAUGCUUUUGACUUUCCUAGAAGUUGUAGAAGCAGCACUUGCAUGUGUAGAUGGUUUCACUCUAACGGUAACCUGUAGUAUUUUAUCAAUCUCAGUAGGGGUAUUUACACUUUCUGCUUUAUAACACGUGUGUUGUAUUAUAUGGUGAUGAAUAUCACAGUUAAUUGACAUGUGUUGGUGCGCUAUCCACCAAUUGGUGUGUUGUGUCUUCAUAUAAAGUAGGACUUUAUUGAGAAGCUUGUGCAUUUAUACAAGAGAGACAUUCCCUCUCACCUGCAUAUGAACCCAUGCUUUAAUGCAGAGGCAUUGUUGAAUCAGAUCAGGCUAUUUAUAUCCUGAUUUUUAUACAGUAGGUAUACUAGGAAUGGAAGAUUGAUGUUAAUCCCAGUGGCUCCUGCAGAGCAGGAGGCUCGGUUUCAUCCUUGCUUAGCCUGUCAAACCUUAUCUGUGGCUUAGUGUCUUCUAGAGUUUAAUAGGAUUUUAGGGUAACUCUGUGUUGAACUCAUGUACCUUGUGUCUGUACCACAGUUACAGUGAUAAGGUAUGUGUGUUUGUUUUUUAAGAUGGGAUGAUUUCAUCUUGUUCAGCAAAUGCCCAAAGAACACGUUUUAUGUUUCUAGGAACCAAGGGGAUGCUGGUAUUGGAAACUGUGGUAUGGGAAAACUUUGACCAUCUGCAUGUGUGGUUUUUAGACUUUGCUUAAGUUAAUAGACAUGUUUGAACACUUGAAUCUAGUAGUCCAUUUCCUUUAAUUAUAAAUUAUGAUAUUAAAUAUGAUCAAGAUUUUAUAGAAUGGUAACUGUACUGCAGAGAGUGAUGAAUUAUGAUGAUUGUUAUUAGUUUUGGUUUUGUUUGUUUAUGAAUUGUAUGAUUAAGAAUGUAAUUUAAAAAAAGUAAAUGUUAUGUGACAUCUGAUUUGUGCUUUAUGAAUGGUAUGCCAAUAUUGCAAUAGCAUUAAGGCAUUAUGCUGUGAAUUAUAUUUUUCUUUCAGCAUGUACGGCAGUCCCUCUGGAAUACCAGCGUACACCCAUUCAGCAUUUCCAUUUCUCCCUUCCUACCCAACUCAAGAAUCUAAUAGAUCAGUUCCUGAACCUGUUCCUGGUAUCUAUAGCACUUCCAAAGCUGCAGCACCUUCCUGCGGCUUGAUCACUGAGCUGCCUAUUCCAGUUCCUACUUCAGAAGUGAGUUCAUUGUAUGCCAAGGCUGUAAAAUACACCUUUUUUUAUAUUUAAGUAGGGAUGACGCAGUACAUAAAGUGCCAAUUGACUUUCUUUAAUAUAAGUAUAAUCUUCCAGUUCACCCAGAGACCGAAGUAAAAGCCCUGCUGUCCAUGAUCACAGACCCUGAGGGUUUACAGCAGGCGUGAUAUUAUCCCAGGUCCUUCCCUCUAGAAUCCUCAACUAACUACUGGUUUUGUGGUUGUCCUCUGUCUCCUUGGUCUAUCCAGAUGUCUAUAACUGCACAGUCUCUCCUGUGUAUGCAGGCUCUCUCACUUUUGUCCCAGUGGUAUGACUUGCUACUUGGAUCCACUCAUUAAUCGUUUUUGACCUUGUGACAGUAGAUAUUUAAAUUGUCUUGUAGGGUGGUAAUGGAGUUGAGCAAUGUGGUUUUGUUUGUGCUGUAUGGAAAAUAUUUCUUAACAUCUACGAGCUCUGUGAGUCUCGUGGCUUGCAGCAGAAGGUCAAGACUUGCAUAAGUAAAGACAGCUGACCUCUCCUUCCAACUUUAAAGUAGCGGCAGCUUUAAGUAACUUUAUGGAGAUGAUCAGUUUGCUUUUUACAGCGAUAUAAUGAGCAUGCAGCUUUAUAGACCAGUACUGCUAAUUCCUCUUCAAGUCACGUGGAUUUGUGUUGCAGUUAGCCUAGUAUGAAGACAGAAUAAAUAAGGCAGUGUUCAUUACAUUGUAGCUCUGAUACAGAAUGUUAGCAGUGCUCGGUCUCCUUUUUUAUAUUCACACACAGUAAUGAUAACAUGACUGCCAUCUAACUAUCUCUCUCUCUCUCUCUCUCUCUCUCUCUCUCUCUCUAAUCUAGGUGGGAAUUAAUGGUUUUACAUACAAGAUGCCUGAACUCCCUGACACAUUUCCUGAACUCGCUGAAUUCAGGUGACUUGUUACACCUUUUUAUAUUGUCUCUUUAUUAGCAUGAACCAGAUGGUUGACGUUCCUUUUUCCUUCCUAAUGAUGCAAUAAUGCCUGCUAACUAUCUUAAAAUGAUAGGGUUUAUUACACACACACCUUUUAAAACUAUAGCUAAACAUGAAUGGUAGGCAAUCUUUAUGCAAGCUGUCAAUGCCUGCGGUGUUGUUUAUUGGUUUCCUCCUGUAAAGUAGUUGGGAGAAACUGUAUUAUGGAUGCAAUUAGUGUAGUAAACAUUACAAUUGUUUGUUUAAUACUGGAUACAUUAGCCAGUCUGUGAUUUCCCAGAGUUUGCUGAAAUCUGUCUGCAUGGUGCUUUCUAGCUCUAUUUUACCAGCACCCUCCCUGCAAGCUUCCGAUCAUUCUAAAAAAGCAAUUCUUCAUCGUAAUGUAGAACAUAUGGAAUGUGCAGGGUAAACCUUCAUGGUUGGCAUUAUUAACACUAUAAGGACUAAUAUUAAUCUUUCACAUCACCAUAAAAUGGACACGGAAAGCAUUACCCUGCUUAUGAGUGACAUAUUUCAUUUUAUUGGUAAUCUUAAAGGACCACUCUAGGCACCCAGACCACUUCAGCUUAAUGAAGUGGUCUGGGUGCCAGGUCCUUCUAGGGUUAACCCAUUUUUUCAUAAACAUAGCAGUUUCAGAGAAACUGCUAUGUUUAUGAAUGGGUUAAGCCUUCCCCUAUUUCCUCUAGUGGCUGUCUCAUUGACAGCCACUAGAGGCGCUUGCGUGCUUCUCACUGUGAUUUUCACAGUGAGAGCACGCCAGCGUCCAUAGGAAAGCAUUGAUAAUGCUUUUCUAUGUGACCGGCUGAAUGCGCGCGCAGCCAGCCGACGGGGAGGAGAAGAGGAGGAUCGGACGAGGAGAGCUCCCUGCCCAGCGCUGGAAAAAGGUAAGUUUAAACCCCUUUCCCCCUUCCAGAGCCGGGUGGGGGCACCCUCAGGGCACUAUAGUGGUCCUUUAAAGACUGUUUUUAUCAAUAGACCUCAAAUUGGCUCCAAAAUGUAGAUGAAAUAAGUAUGUUUAAGAAUAUUUCAGUAAAAAGACUCUCUGUCUUGAAGAAAAAUCAAGCAAACAUAAUAUAAAUAGGAGUUACUAUGCUAUACUCCAUGCUAGUAGACUCCUGGUCAUCACAUGACACUCAUGUGAUGCUGGAGUGUGUUCAAAUUGAAACCAUGUAGAUGGAAAUUUAUUUUAUAUAUACAUUGGUUGAAAUAAUAGCAUUCCAGGGACUUGGUAUAAUAUCUGCUUUUAUUCAGAUUUUUGCCAAUAAAAAGAUGGAUGUUUCGGUUCCAAAGUGAGCUUUCUUAGGAUAUAUAUAAUGUGUACCUCAGUUGUUAUUUCAAAUGGUUGUAGCUCACGUGGUGUUGUAUAAUGUGUUUUUCCCCCUCACAGUGUGUCUCAACUCUCAGAAAUGGUGGAGCAAGACGACUUUCUCCUAGAGCAGUUUAUAAAUCUCCCCCAGUUAAAGCAGAUCAUCACAGAUAAAGAAGACCUGGUAAAGAACAUUGAGGAAUUGGCGAGUAAGAUUUCCCCAUCAGUUUAUCUAUUCAUCUUGCUGGAUGGAUAUAGGGUUUAGAAACCUGCCAUUUUCUCCUUUUUGUACCACACAUGAUGUAUGAAAGUUUGAACUUGGCGAACUGCAUUUUUAUUAUUUUACAUUAUUACAAAGCAAACAUUUAAAACCUGUAAUUUUUGCCUUCUUUUUAUGGCAUUCUCUCAUUGAUGAAUAACAGUAAAAUGUAGUUUUCCUCUCGUGGUAAAUGUAUUUCAUUCUUGUUUUAUCAUAUGUAAGUUGAUUUAAAUAAAUAUCCAUUUUUAUUAUUUUAUACCUAAAUCGCUGCUUGAUUGCUUCCAGGAAAGAACCUGCAGUUGGAACCCAUUCUAGAAGCAAAACGACAGAUGCUACUAGAAAAGGUAAGUGUACUGAUGGUAUUGUACAGGAAUUAGGACUUGGUUUCUUUUCUUAGUCUUUCUGAUUGGCUUUCUUUUCUCAUUUUGUCCUCUUCCAGUAUGAACUUCUCACCCAAAUGAAAGGUUCAUUUGAGAAAAAGUUACAGCGACAGCAUGAGCUGAGUGAGGUAUUAUUCUCUGACUUCUUGUUUGAAAGUAGCCAGAUUGCUAAUUGUGAACUAAUUAACUAGUUAAAUCUCUGCGCAGUUCGGUUGAAGGUGCCUACAAAUGUUAAUACAGAUAAAAGUGUAUACAUCAAGCUGAGCAAAACUUGUGUAAUGUUUGCCUACAGUGGAAAUUGGGUUUUCUGUUGACCUCCGUAACAAACCUGGUCAAGGGUUCCUGAAGCCCCUUGGGUCCUUUAUUGAAAUCUUUUCUUUAUUUGGCUUGAUUAAGCUUUUGAAAGUUUCCUUUGCAGCGCAGAACAUUGGGUAGCCGCCACGUUUUAUCAUUUGUGAAGGUCUUUUAACCCCUUAAGGACACAACUUCUGGAAUAAAAGGGAAUCAUGACGGAAUAUUUCCGUCGUGUCCUUAAGAGGUUAAAAAAUAAAUAUCAGACACACUCAGAAUUAUUUACUAAAGUGAGAAUUUAAAGUGAAUUUCAAACUUCAGGCCAGAGUAGUUGAAUGGAAAGCAUAACUGAAUUCAAACAUUUAGACCUUAAAUUUUAAAUUCACUUGAAUUCUGACUUUAAUGAAUAGCCCUGUCUUUUUUUUUUUAAUUACCUGUGAUUUAAUGUGUUUGAUAUAUUCUACUAUGUGUCAACAGGCACAUAUAUAUGUAUAAGUGCUCCUGAAUUUAUUGAAUACAUCCUAUAUCACAGAGAUACAUGAUGUAUUUAAUGUAAAAUUGUGAGAUAUUAGCUUGCCUCCCUUCUGAUCCAGCUCGGUCAUGUCGGUGUUGUACUUCUGUAACAACCACCUCUAGUAUGCUCACGCACUGCCCGCUCUCAAAUUUGAUCUGCCCACAUUUGGGAUGCUUGAGUCAAACCAUUUUUCCCCCCCACGCCUUCACUCAACCUUUAAUAGAUAACAAAGUCUAUUUAACUUGGACUAUUUGGAGACAGUGCUCCCUAAAGAUAACAUAUUAAAAGACCACUAUAGGCACCCAGACCACUUCAGCUUAAUGAGGUGGUCUGGGUGCCAGGUCCCUCUUGGUUUAACCUUGCCUGCUGUAAACAUAGCAGUUUCAGAGAAACUGCUAUGUUUACUUUAGGGUUAAUCCAGCCUCUAGUGGCUGUCUCACUGACAGCCGCUAGAGGCGCUUCUCACUGUGAUUUUCACAGUGAGAAGAUGCCAGCGUCCAUAGGAAAGCAUUGAGAAUGCUUUCAUUUGAGACUGGCUGGCUGCGCGCGCGGCUCUUGCCGCGCAUGCGCAUUCAGCUGAUGACGGGAAAGGAGGAGGAGAGUCUACCCCCAUCCUCUCCAUCCAGCCUGGCGGGAAUGGCACUGUUUUCCUGGCACUAUAGUGGUCCUUUAAGAGAUUCUUCAUCACCUGGUAUUUCCUGAUACCUUAUUUGUAUUGAAUGAUUCAACGCAAACCACAAUCUUUGUGCCAGAGUACUUACUGGAUCCUUUAAGAGGCAAGACACUAAUGCCCAAGGUCAAGGCUAACCCAAACUUCUUAUCCUCAUUUACAAGUUGAUUAUACGUUAUAUUACAAUUAUAUUCCUUACUACUAUGCACAAAGUGCACCUAGAUAUACUUAGUAUGAAAUAUUCUGUGUAUAAUAUUUUGUUCAUGACUUUACGCUAUUGCAGCACUCAUUCUGGUAGAUGAUAUAUUAUGAUUUAUUUUUCCUUGCAUUUUCCAUUCUUUCCUUCCUAGAGUUGCAGCUUGAGUGCCCUGCAGGCCAGACUAAAAGUUGCAGCUCACGAGGCAGAAGAGGAAUCUGAUAGUAUUGCUGAAAACUUCCUUGAGGGAAAAACAGAAAUAGACGAUUUUCUCAACAUCUUCAUGGAAAAGAGAACGGUAAACGCCUGAAUUUAGUCGUUGCAUUGUUGCUUUUUGUUAUGUCUAUUUAUAGAAUGGUGCUUUUUAAAGUAGAUCUCUUAUCCACAUUAGAAUUACAAAACCCUGUUCACAUAGGCUAUGCAGUUUAAUCUACACAUUGCAUCAAUAAGCCUUAAGCUCCAGUGUAAAGUGGUGAUGGCUGCUUUUUGAACCUCAGAUCAUUAGCAUUUAUUUGUCACUUAUUGUGUAACAUUUAAUUUAAUAAUAAACAUAUGAGGUGGUAAAGUUUACUCAUUAUUGCUCUAAAAUAAUAUUUAAUACAUUUUUAUAUGGCAUCAGCCAUCUAUAGAAAACGCAAUUAAACUAUAUAUUCCUGUCUUAUAAUUGUUUAAGGUGCCUGGGAAGCAAAUAGUGUAAUUACUUGUAAAAGACUUCUCUGCAAUUAAUUAAUAUAUUUUUUAAUUAUUAUUUUAUUUAUUUUUUAUCCUCAAACUUUCAGUUAACUUUACAGGCCAUGCUACUGUUAGAUAUAUUGAUUAUGCAUUAUGAGAUCCAGAAGGUUCCAUUGAUGUGUACCCUGAAUAUUCCAAUACAAAAGCCACAUAACUACUGUCCAGUAUUUCAUAGACCUAGUGGAGUUUAUACAUUUCAGUAAAUAAGUGCCUGGAUUUGUAAUACACAAAGUUAAUCUAUUUUAAUCAUGCUGCCAUGUUCAAUGUUACAAAUAAUACAAUGGAUGCCCUGCCUUACAAACUAUGCAGUUGUACAUCUUAUUGAUCUUAAUAUUUAUUUUAGUUUGCAGCACUAUAAAUUGAACCGAACCUGUGAUAAUAAAAGGCAUUGCAUGAAACCGGUGUAGUCGAAGACGUUGCUAGGUGCAUCAUUCAUUUUAUCUUCGCUGAAUCAUGGAUAAUCUCUUCAUCCAUUUAGGAAGGUUGUGAAAUGUUGUUGUUCUAGCUGUUGAUUGCUCUGUUUAUCUCUUGUACAGAGUUGCCACAGCAGAAGAGCCAAAGAAGAGAAAUUACAACAAGCAAUAUCCCUGCACAGCCAGUACCAUGCACCAUUAUAGGUAUUCUGCUAUGGCUUUCAUUUUACAUUCUUUUACACAUAUUGGUGUAACUGUAUCAAAGUUCUCAUAAUAAAAAAAGGAAUAAUCUGCACCUUUUCCUGUUCAGGUCUUUCUGGAGUGAAUUAUGAAAUCUUAUUUUUUUCACUACUUUGUAAUAUUUUGUAUUAGUAUUAUUUUGUUUUGUUUUUUGUCUUGGGUUUUGGUUUUUUGACAAUAAAUUUUAUUUUGCAUAUUCCAUUUAUGUAUUUUUUUUUUUUUUCAGUAUAAAAUAAUUACAUUUCUGGUGUUCCCUGACACCACUUUGAUUCUGAUGCAGAGUUUGAGGCAGAAUACACACAAAAUGUAUACAAAGCAUUCUAGAUGCUCACAAAUAUGUCACAAAGAACAAAGGCAACACUAUUCUGUUUUUUUGGGGGGGUUUGGUGGUAUAUUUUUAAUGUAUCAUUUGUAAUGGUUGUAGGCAUAACUACAGAAAGUAAUGAACAUUCCAGCUUAAUACACAGUGUGUCACAUCAGCAAGUAACAUAGUCAUGAGUCAGCUUGCUAUGAGCUGGGAUAGAGCUGGAUGGGAAAUGGAAGGAGAGGGGGCUGGAGGAAGAGUGUACACUUGAGUAGGAGUUGUGAUUAUGUUUGCAGGAGAGAAUAACCUAUCUCAGGAGUACCACACUUUGCUGAAACGAGGACUGUUGCUUUGGAUUUUAUACACCAUUUCUUCGAAGUUGACAGAUUUAAUCAGCAUGUCUGGGGUGAGGAUAGUAGUGGAUUUCCAAUGUUUAGCGAUUGUUUUUUUUUGCUGCCAUGAGAAUGUGCAAAAUGCGGGGAGGUUUCUUACGGCCUCCUAUGUAAUUCUGGAGCAUAUCCAGGAAACACUUUAGCACUUAAACUUAAUGGGUAAAAAAAGUCUAAAUAUGUCCCACCACCAAACGAAAUAUAGGUUUCCUGCUUGAACACUGGUAUUUAGUUUGUUUCCUUGUAUUUAUUAUUACUGCUAUUUAUAAAGCGCCAACAGAUUCCACAGCACUGUACAAUUAGUGGAGAAACGUACAAUAUAUACAGAGGUAGAGAGAGCCCUGCCCGUAAGCUGAUAUCUAGCCAUUGGAGCUCUUUUAUACAAAGUGCUUGGCUAGAUGGCCCGUUACAGUAAGUUGUAACUAAUGGCUUUAUAGCCAUAUUUGACCUUGUGAUACAUGUGCAAAGCUAUUUUAUUAGGGCCCAGCAAUCCAUUUUCUAGGACUUAAAACUCAUUGCACAUGUCUGCAGAUUCAGGUGACAACAUUCAAAGUUUGCCUCUGGAGAAAGACUUAUCAAAUUCAGAUGUGAAUGAUAGUCUAGAGAAAAUACUCUUCUCACCCAACCCUAAUAGUUAAUUGCACUAGGGGAUGUUACUUUUUUUGUUUUUUACUUUCAACAAUAAAAGCUGUAACAGUUUUUACAAAAAAAACAUGAAAAUGUAUACUUUUUCUUAUAUAAUUUUUUUUUUAAGCAGAUAUGGCUUGUCUGCGAUUGGAACUUUGAUUACUUAGGUCAUAUUUAAUUUAAACGGACACUGCUCACACCCAAAGUAGUUAGCUUGCCGAGUUGCAUUGUGUCCUGUUUUUUAAUUUUGCAACGUGGCAUCAUUAGUUUCUUCUACAUGCAGACGCCCCCACAGUGCAGCUUGCAAGUGAAGUCUACAGGACUGUGUGAGCAAAGCUCAUGUGCACACUUUCUAACCGUGUACCACUGUGAAAUCUAUCACUUCUCUCCCAAAUGCCAGCUCUGUCUUACUAUAAACUUCUCUAAGUCUGCCUUCAUUAAUCAUACUUUAUUUCCCUUCUUCCCUACUCCGCGUUUUCAUUGGAGGUAUAUUCGCUAAAUUGGUCCGAAAAAUAAAAUGGAACAUUUUCCAUUGGCGUGUUUCUUUUAAGCCAUAAGGAGUUUAUAAUCCUAGAUAUAAGUAUUAAAUGCGAGUUUGUGGUGGCACUAGUUUGGCUGUGGGAUUUAUAUUUUACAUGGCAAAAAUAAAUUUGGCAUUCAGAAACCUAUUCAGUUUGGAUUGUUUCCACUGAAAAGUCUUUCUGCUUUUAAACAAAGAAAAUAAGUGGUGUUUUUUUUUUUUUUUUUUUUAAAUGUAUUGUUUGUUUGAUCUGUUAAAUGUAACAUAAACCUCUGGAAUACUGCAAGGAUCAAUGUAGUUCAACUUUUCAUUCUUUAUUUGACCUGAACCUUCUGUUCUUGUUAUGCUGUGCAUAUAUUCCGAAUGUGCUUACCUGGACAGAUUAGACCAGUUGCACUGCACUGCUAAGGUUAUGAUGACACAAUCCAGGAAAAAAGGCAUUAACACCUGUUCAGUAUUGAACUUGGUCACAGCCAGUAAAGCAACUACUAAAAGCAAACUGCUAGUUUGUUUUGUUUAUAAACUAUUCAUUAAAUCACCUGCAGUUACUUCAUGUUCAUUUCCCAUGAUGCUUCUGUGUGACGUUUUCAAAAGCCUCCUUGCUGUCACACAGCCCUAUUAACAUCUUGUAGCAAAAAUCACAGUUUUUAUAUACAUUUUGUAGGUAUUUUAGGUAUGCUUUUUACUACAAAAUGUUACCAUGAUUUUUUUUGAAGAGUACACCAUCAACAAAUUUUUGGAGCAAAAGUUGAGUAAAUCUCCUAUGCAAUCUCCUACAGCUCAGAGCUGCCGUAUAAGGUGAUUAAAGAAUAUACCGGUGAGUAGAAGCCGUAAAGCUACACGCUCAUGCUGAACUUACGUUUCCCCAAUAGAUUCCUCUCUCAGAAUCUGUUCUUAUAUUCUUCCCAUCUGAUCUAGUUUUUUUAAAACAUAAGACAAAGUAGGAACUACUUUGUCUUAUGUAUUUUUCCUACGAUUGACCUUCUUUGAGCAAAGGAGGAGCUUAAGUCCACUCCCUUUCCUGUGGUCAAAAUAUUCCCCCCGCAAUACUCACCUCUGCUGCUGUUGUGCUUCAUUUGCAGUUUGGACGUCCUAUCAUUUAGAUUCACCGAAUUUCGUCCUUACAGAAUGAGUACAGUUUGUCCAUUCGUAUUAGCACAUUUGUGCAUUUUGUUCGAUUCGAAUGAAUGAGAUGCCAAUCCUGUCAGUGUUAGUAAAUAGCUCCCUAAUUCUCACGGUAUUAGGGGAACUAUCUACUAAAAGAUCAAAAAUGGUCUUCCAGCCAACUUUACUAAUACUAAGUAAAAAUUACUAAUAUUAGUGAGCUAUAGUGUGAGUAUGGGGCAUGUCCACUAAACAGUGAGCAGCCUGGGACUUCUAUAUAUUGUAUAUCUCUCCUACUAGCUCCUCCUAUAAUUUCUCAGAAUAUAUAUAUAUUUUUUUUUAAGGAGGAUGUGCAUUUUAUGUAUUUAGUGUAUAUAAUGUUUGUUACUUAAUUACUAUUUUUAGCGCUAAUCUUGUUUUGGUAUAUUGUACUGAUAGUAAGUCACCUAUAUUUUGAGAUUAGCAGCUGUCAUAUUCAAGUUGCUUAUUAAUAUAUUUUUAGAAUACUUUUUUUUAUUUUGCAUAUAUAUAUAUAUAUAUAUAUAUAUCCCCACUUUAUAUAUUGUUAUCCUUUAUUUUGGAAAAUGUGUUAUUCGCUGCGUCUGCAAGAUUUGAAAAAAUCAAACAUUUGUGGUUUCCAUGUCAUUAACCAAAUUGUAUUUUUUUUUGUCUUCUUCUCCCGUCAGACCAUUUGAAGUUGAUGUUCCAAGUGGAGUGGUAGUAUGAGUCCUAGAAAGCACAUUUUAUAUUUAUGAUUUGAAAAGGAAAAAAAAGUUGAAUAACGUUGAAUUAUACUUGAUUGUAUUAUGUUUUAUUGAUAGUUAAUUUGGUAGGAUCUUUUUUGUACAACUUAACCUAUCAUUUGCUACAUGUUUACUUCAAGAGAUCCUGGUCUUCAGACUUAAGAAAAAAACUGCAUCCAUUGUAAUUACUUCUAAUAUAUUUUUAUUUUCUGUUACUCAUAUUGCAAUGAUUUAUAUUAAAUAUCUAUUUAAUGGGAAGUA